CUAGACUUCGACAACAGAGUAAUUCUGAAUGUCGGCGGUAUCAGGCACGAGGCCUACAAAGCGACCCUCAAAAAAAUCCCUGCCACAAGAUUGAGCCGACUAACUGAGGCCCUGGCGAACUACGACCCCGUCUUGAAUGAAUACUUCUUCGAUAGGCACCCUGGCGUGUUUGCUCAAAUUUUGAAUUAUUACCGAACUGGUAAACUUCAUUAUCCCACAGAUGUCUGCGGCCCUUUGUUUGAAGAAGAGUUAGAGUUCUGGGGUCUCGAUGCUAAUCAGGUCGAGCCAUGCUGCUGGAUGACGUAUACAACUCACAGGGACACACAAGAAACCUUACAAAUUCUA